CCCAGCUGAACCGAUGGCGCUGUUUGCAUACUAAUGUUAUCCUGAGGUGUCUGCGACUAUUCAAUAACAAAAUGAAUUUCAAAACUCCUAGAUUACUUUCAUGUGGUGGAAGCUAUAAGAAAGGAUUCCUUCAAUUAUUAAGGAAUGUUUCAUUUGACAAUAAUCCACACAAAUUUGAUGUCAUUGUUAUUGGUGGUGGUCAUGCUGGAACGGAAGCUUCUGCAGCUGCUGCCAGGAUGGGUGCAAAGACAUUGCUAGUCACCCAUAAAAGAAGCACAGUAGGAGAAAUGUCAUGUAAUCCAUCCUUCGGUGGAAUUGGUAAAGGGAAUCUCAUGAGAGAAGUUGAUGCCUUGGAUGGAAUUUGUUGUCGUAUAUGUGAUCUCUCUGGUAUUCAGUACAAAAUAUUAAAUAAACGUAAAGGACCAGCUGUAUGGGGUUACAGAGCGCAAAUAGAUCGUGAUUUAUACAAGCAACAUCUUCAGGAAGAACUGUUUAAUACACCUAGACUACACGUAUGUGAAGCUACUGUAGAGGACUUGAUUGUACAUGGUGAUUCCCCAAAUUGUCAUGGAAUAAUUCUUAGAGAUGGAACGAAAAUAUAUAGUGGUGCAGUAGUAAUAACAACUGGUACUUUCUUAAAGGGUCAAAUUAACAUUGGUUUAGAGAAGAGACCUGCUGGUAGACUUGGCGACGAGCCUAGCAUCGGUCUAGCUAAUACAUUAGAAAGAAUUGGAUUUAAAAUGGGAAGAUUAAAAACUGGCACUCCACCGCGGAUAGAAAAAUCUACCAUAGACUUUUCUAAAUGUAAACGCAUGUAUCCUGAUGAAGUAUCGACACCAUUCUCGUUCAUGAACGAAACCGUAUGGUUACCAGUCGAAAAACAGUUAAACAGUCACUUGACGUAUACCAACGAAAACGUGUCAAAAAUUGUAAAAGAUAACAUGCACUGUAAUUUACACGUUACGGAGGAGAUCUCUGGUCCGCGAUAUUGCCCAAGUAUAGAGAGUAAAGUUCUAAAAUUCUCAGCGAUUCAGCAUCAAAUUUGGCUAGAACCGGAAGGACUUGAUUCACCUAUAAUAUAUCCGAGUGGAUUAUCAUGCACACUUCCAGCAGAGAAACAGGAAGAACUAAUCAAAUGUAUUCCAGGAUUAGAGAAUGCUAAAGUGUUGAAACCGGGUUACGGGGUCGAGUACGAUUAUAUAGAUCCAAGAGAAUUAACCGGAAGAUUAGAAACAAAAAAGAUUCCAGGAUUAUUUCUUGCUGGACAAAUAAACGGUACGACCGGGUACGAAGAAGCAGCUGCACAAGGAAUUGUAGCAGGUGCUAAUGCAGCAGCCAAGGUCCUUGAUAAAAAGCCAUUGAUCUUAAGUAGAACGGAAGCUUACAUCGGUGUCCUUAUCGAUGAUCUAACUAUCCAAGGCACAAACGAACCCUACAGGAUGUUCACCAGUCGCGCGGAAUUCCGGUUAAGUCUACGACCUGAUAACGCGGAUAAAAGGCUUACCAGAAAGGGAUAUGAAACUGGUUGCGUGUCUGAAGAAAGAAUGGCAAAAACGGAAAAUAUCCUGUCGAGAUUAGAGGAAAACAUUGAAUUACUGAAAAGUGAAACAAGAUCGUGUUACAAAUGGAGAACAUUAUUGAAUCUUCCGCUGACUAAGAACGUUGCGACGAAAUCUGCGCUUGACUUACUACAUAUGUCUGAAAUGAACGUGGACAUUGAUAAGCUGAUCGCAGCUCUUCCAGAUCGUUUUGGACACCUUGCCAACGAUCCAAUUAUUGCAAGAAGGCUACAGAUAGAAGGGUUAUAUGCGUUUGGCAUCGAAGAGCAACAGCAAGAGGUCAAUGAAAUUCGCAAGAACGAGCAGAUGAUCAUACCGCCAUGCAUAGACUACAGCAUGCAUCGGUUAAAUUUAUCCUCAGAGGAGAAAGAGAAACUUUCGGAAUUACAACCGUGUACGAUUGCAGCAGCCACUCGAAUCUCAGGCAUAACUCCUGCUGCUAUUUUACGACUGAUAUAUUAUAUAAAAACAAGCGCACCUCAGAUAAAUGGCAUGUAAUCGACGAUUGAUUUGAAUAAACAAUUUAUUCAACCGUA